UAAUGAGAAGGCAGGGACGGGACUGUUGCUACGGCUCUCUGGGUGGGUAGAUGUGGAGUGCGAGAGAAGGGUGGCUGUAAACUGUCCGAUAUUUCCCCCCUCGCCUCUGCAGAGGGAAGGACCUGCCCUUGCGGUCCUGCGGCGCUUUCCCUAAGCCCCCGGCGAGGAGGACUUCUCUCACGAUGUCGGACUGCGAGGGACUGCCUGUGGAUGACAGUGCCUCUGCUGCAAGCAGUAUGGAGGUUACAGAUCGCAUUGCCUCUCUGGAGCAGCGUGUCCAGAUGCAGGAAGAUGACAUCCAGCUGCUCAAAUCUGCCCUUGCUGAUGUGGUCCGACGCUUGAAUAUUACGGAGGAGCAGCAGGCCAUGCAGAACAAGAAAGGACCUACCAAAGAUCAGAGUAUGAUUAAAAAAGCUGCUGCUGAGGCUGAUAAACUUGUCAGUCCUGCUACCACAGCAAGACCACUGGUACAAACCCUGCCUUUAAGGACUACAGUUAACAAUGGAACUGUGUUACCAAAGAAACCGAGUGGCUCUUUACCUUCUCCAUCAGGAACCAGAAAGGACACUGUAUCACCAGCAGCGAAAAGCAGGUCUGUGAAUCUUCUCAAUGCAUGCAAACUGAAAAAGCCUGCUCUAAGCACCAUUAAGAGAACCAGUUCAGCUGAGCGUGUGUCCCCAGGAGGUCGGAGGGAAAGCUAUGGAGAUUCCAAAGGGAGUCGCAACCGCACUGGUUCCACCAGCAGUUCAUCUAGUGGUAAAAAGAACAGUGAAAGCAAACCCAAGGAACCAAUGUUCAGUGCAGGGAAGCGCCGUGUGACACACUGCAAAGAGGAAGGAUACGUAAAAAUGUUUCUUCGUGGACGUCCUGUUACCAUGUACAUGCCCAAAGAGCAAGUGGAAUCUUACAAUUUGGAAGCAAAAGUAGAACUACCAGCCAAGAGGCUUAAACUGGAAUGGGUCUAUGGCUAUAGGGGUCGGGAUUGUCGCAGCAAUCUCUAUCUCCUGCCAACGGGAGAGACCGUGUAUUUCAUCGCAUCUGUAGUUGUGUUAUUCAAUGUCGAAGAGCAACUUCAGAGGCAUUACACCGGUCAUAAUGAUGAUGUGAAGUGCCUGGCUGUUCAUCCUGAUAGGAUCACUAUAGCAACUGGUCAAGUUGCAGGGACAUCCAAGGAUGGGAAACAAUUGCCACCACAUGUCCGUGUCUGGGAUUCUGUAACUCUGAAUACACUGCAUGUCAUUGGAAUGGGAUUUUUUGACCGAGCUGUCACUUGCAUUGCUUUUUCUAAAUCUAAUGGAGGAAGUAGCCUGUGCUCUGUGGAUGACUCCAAUGACCAUGUGCUUUCAGUGUGGGAUUGGCAGAAAGAAGAAAAGCUGGCAGAUGUCAAGUGCUCUAAUGAGGCUGUAUUUGCUGCAGAUUUUCACCCUACUGAUACAAAUAUAAUAGUUACUUGUGGAAAAUCACACCUUUAUUUUUGGACACUGGAAGGGAAUUCCCUUAUUAAAAAGCAAGGAUUAUUUGAGAAACAAGAGAAGCCAAAGUUUGUCCUGUGUGUGACCUUUUCUGAAAAUGGUGAUACUAUUACAGGAGACUCAAGUGGAAACAUUUUGGUUUGGGGGAAAGGUACCAACAGAAUAAGCCACGCAGUUCAAGGAGCACAUGAGGGUGGAAUAUUUGCCCUGUGUAUGCUGCGAGAUGGCACAUUGGUAUCAGGAGGUGGAAAAGACAGAAAGCUGAUAUCUUGGAAUGGAAAUUACCAAAAAAUCCACAAAACUGAGAUACCUGAGCAGUUUGGUCCAAUAAGAACAGUAGCAGAGGGAAAAGGGGACGUUGUAUUAAUAGGAACCACCAGAAACUUCGUCCUACAGGGCACACUGUCAGGAGAUUUUUUCCCAAUUACCCAGGGUCACACCGAUGAGCUUUGGGGACUUGCAGUCCAUUCCUCUAAGCCUCAGUUCUUCACAUGUGGACAUGACAAACACAUUACACUCUGGGAUGCAACCACUCACCAUCCCAUCUGGAACAAAAUCAUAGAGGAUCCAGCACAGUCUUCAGGUUUUCAUCCUUCAGCAUCUGUUGUUGCAGUAGGGACGCUGACUGGAAGGUGGUUUGUGUUUGACACAGAAACAAAAGAUUUGGUCACUGUACACACAGAUGGAAACGAACAGCUGUCUGUAAUGCGUUACUCACCAGAUGGAAACUUCUUGGCAAUAGGUUCCCAUGACAACUGUAUUUAUAUAUAUGGUGUAAGUGAAAAUGGGAGAAAGUACACUAGAAUUGGCAAAUGUUCAGGUCAUUCCAGCUUCAUUACUCAUCUGGAUUGGUCUGUUAAUUCACAAUAUCUUGUGUCUAAUUCAGGAGACUAUGAAAUCUUAUACUGGAUCCCCUCUGCUUGUAAACAAGUUGUGAGUGUUGAAACAACUAGGGAUAUAGAAUGGGCCACUUACACCUGUACUUUAGGAUUCCAUGUUUUUGGUGUAUGGCCUGAAGGUUCAGAUGGUACAGAUAUCAACGCUGUCUGUCGAUCCCAUGGGAGAAAACUGCUAUCAACAGGAGAUGACUUUGGCAAAGUACAUCUCUUCUCGUAUCCAUGCUCACAGUUUAGGGCUCCAAGCCAUGUGUACGGUGGACACAGUAGUCAUGUAACUAAUGUAGAUUUUCUCUGUGAAGACACCCAUCUCAUCUCCACAGGAGGAAAGGACACAAGUAUUAUGCAGUGGCGAGUCAUUUAAAGGAAACUUCAGCAUGAACAUACCACAGUUGAGUCGACCAUGCACAGAACUUAUGUAUAAACUGUAUAUUUAAAACUUAACGGUAUGUUUGCAGUUUAGCCUGGUCACUGUGAUUUUUGUUUAAAAAAUUCUUACAAACCUCAGGAAAAUUAAGCCCUGUGCUGGUUACCUUACUCAGUCUAGUAUUUUUUUUUUUUUUUUCAUCGUGUCACACCUUAAGUUUGAUCGUUCUCUGUUGUACAAUAUACAAUGCAGUACAAGUUUAAUAUAAGAAAUGUGGCUUGACAGUUUGCAAUACAGUGGUAUCAGCAGAAUGUGACUAUCUUAAAUGUUUUCUAUAAACACUGCUAAACUGGUCACAAAAAUGCCUUUCAAAGACUGUAUAUAUGUGCUUAUUCGUUUCACUAUCUACACUUUGUACUAUAUAUCUACUUAUUUAGAAAAAUCUAUGACAGUGUCAAGGUACUGAACUGUUUCUGCUGGAGGCUGAUGCGUAGAUACAAAAAAUACAAACUGCGAUGUAAGAUGCAAAAAUUAGUGCUCUAGACCUGAAAAUGUGAAUGCUGGUAAAUUUGAAUUCUCUUGGGAACAGCACACCGUGGGCGUCACCCAUGAGGAGCUGUGUUCCUUUUCCAAUGAAUCAGCAGGCUUUGUCCCAGUUUGACCUGAAUUUCUCAGCAGGGCUUACAGAUGUCUGUGUGGUUCAGGUAGUCCAUAUGAGUUUAAAUUAGAAAUCUUUUUACUUGUAAAUGAAAAAAUUUCUUUUUGAAAACAAACCAAUAAAGCUUGGCCACAUCCCCAUUAUUGGCUCCUAUAUUUAACUAAUAUGUAUAUUAAUCAGCAUGAUGCUAUAUUGUACAUGUAUAAGAUUUUAGCAGUUCAUAACAAAUGGUAAGGCCAUCUAGCUUUACUUUUUUAUGCUUAUGGAUAUUGUAUAUUUGUAUUUUAAGACCAAGUAGACCAAGUCUAAAGAUAUCUUUUUAAGUGUACCAUAAACCUGCAGAGGGUAAAGGAAGACUUGGAAGCCUACAUGAAAUAUUAAUGUGUAACUUCUGGCCCCUGUGUUUUGUGCAUGGAUGGGUAUUUAUAGUAUGAAAUAAGGUUGUGUUUUGCAAUGAAGUAACAGUGGAGGUGGUAUAAAAUGGUUAAGAAGGCCUUAUCAAUGUUGAUUGUGACACAGAUUGAAAUGUAUUGUUUACUAUGACGAAUGUAUCUGAAGAAUUUUAAAAGAGGAGUUCUAAGUGGACUUGAAAAAGGUAAUAUUAAAAUUUUGCUUGUAACGGACAGUAAACGUUAAUUCUCUGAACUCUAAA